AUGGACCUCCUAGCCAAGCUCGAGAUACUAGCUGUUACAGCCAACAACGAAGACAACGGCAUCAUCCUCGAAACUGCCUCGAACGACCAGUUCUACAACUACACAACCCAACCCCCCACCACCCCCACCCCCAGGGACAAGAACUCAACCUUCCUCGUCAAGCUCGAAGGACCUUUAAGCACCCCAUCUCAAGUCCAAGAGCUGUCCAAGUCCCUCACAAUCCUCAUACUUAAAGAAGGAGUAGGCGAAACCUCCACUGCCAACUUCUGCCUCAUCACCGGCGCCAUGAAGCUCAAUAUUGUCUCCGCUCUCGCAGAGAGUACAUUCUCCGCAACAUUUGUUCGAAUCAACCUCUCCCCGAAAGAUCUCUAUGCACAUAGCAUCGCCCCAACCCUGGGUAGUGAUAUCGACCCUACCCUUCCGCAGAACCGGGCUACUGAUGCGGGUGAGGUGUUUCUUCCGAAGCAGGGCGAGUACCCCGUGUGGUAA